GUAGAGGUAUCACUGAGUGACAGAAAUUUCAGCCCGGAAACCUCGUUUCGCACCUUGGCACAGCUUCUUCAAACUGGUCGUGUUGGCUGGCGUUGAUGGGGGUGCAGCCCAAUACAUCUGGAGGGGAAAGUUGGCUUAUUGUUUGCUACUAAGCAGCCCUGCUUCCUGCUUGGGAGUAAAGUUCGCCAGGACGAGUGGGUGGAGUUGCUCAGAGGGCCCGGGCCGUGGCCUUUCCGCAAUGCUGGAGCGGCGGCCGUGGGCAUCGCGUGGGCCUCGCUGCUUUCCCCGGCCGCUGCGCCCGCCUUUUCGGCGUGCAGACAGAUGGCCGGAAGCAGCACGCCGGGUCGCCCCCGCCGCUUGAAGCUAAUCCUGCUCGUCCUGGGUGGCGCGCACCUGUCGGCGAGGGAGUGGAGGGGGAGACGGCCAGAACGGCAACGCUGUACUGCACAUAGGCGGAAAGGGCUCCUCGGGGCCCGCUGGAAAGGGCAGGGCGCAGAAGACUUUUCUCCAGCAGUCCAACUUGAUUUACUUUGUUUCAGUGUUGAGAGAAAGCAACAGCUGAUGGUUCUCAGGGAUUCAGAGCAGCUGCUACUAGCGGGCAGUUGGAGGGGGACAUUUGUCUCCUCAGAAACAGACGGUUUGUGAUCCUGACAGUUGGAAGGGCCCUGGAUGGAUGGAUACCUCACUUUUGGUGGGACCCGUCAGCAGGGAACCCCUGGGUUCUCUUUUCAUCAAGGGUUGUGGUGUAGGACAGCCCUUACAAUGCCUGAAACUCACAAGGAAACUGAUUCCAGAUGCUGCUGCCGCCACGUAGGAUAUUGACCAGAAGGAAGCAAUUUCACCUGCUGCAGCGCUCUUGUGAUGCUUUCCUCUGAGUUGUGGAAAUAGGAUGUUAGAAUAUCAAGAAGAAGAGGAGCUGACUACUGUGCGUGUCCAAGAUCCUCGAAUACACAAUGAGGGCUCAUGGAAUUCUUAUGUGGACUACAAAAUAUUUCUCCAUACCAAUAGUAAAGCAUUCACAGCCAAGACAUCUUGUGUGCGCAGACGAUAUCGUGAGUUUGUGUGGUUAAAGAAACAGCUGCAAAAAAAUGCUGGCUUGGUGCCUGUCCCAGAGCUUCCAGGGAAAUCUACCUUCUUUGCAGGCAACACUGAUGAAUUCAUUGAGAAACGAAGACAAGGACUGCAACAGUUCCUGGAGAAGACAGUACAGAAUGUUGUACUCCUUUCAGAUAGCCAGCUGCACCUUUUCCUCCAGAGCCAGCUCUCUGUGACAGAAAUUGAAGCUUAUGUGCAGGGUCGGGGCCCUAUGAGUGUCACUGAUGCCAUUCUCCGCUAUGCCAGGUCAAACUGUGGUUGGAUUCAGGAGAACCGUCAUUCAGCUUUGCUGGCCAUGCAGGACUUUGGCAGCAGUUUUGAUGGAGAGAGCCAAUUUGUCAAAAGCUCUAUGGAACCAUUCCCUCAUUGGAGUGAUGUCAACAUAGAUGACAAUGAACUGGAGAGUCCGUGUUCUGAGGAAGAUGACCAUCAACCCACAGAGCUGCUGCAGGCGGGUUCCACAGCAUCAAGUGACCAUAUCAACAAUUAGUGAGAAUAAAACAGUCUAUUCAGGAUGUGCUUGAAGUUCAGCAUAAACUUUUUGCCGCUUUGUUGAAAAUUACUUGGAUUAUUAGAAUUCCAGGGGAAAGUGUGUGGAUUAUCACUGGCGGCUUGUGUGUGAACAAGCCUGGGCCAGCAGAAUGUCUGAACAAUCAGAAUUGAGGCUUAUAAAUGCAGAGGUAGCUUUCCAGUAUGUUUUUUUCUGUUCUUGCCUCUUGGUCCUCCCUUAUCAAAACUGCAAGGUUUUCCUCAACUUUUUUGUACAUUUUGACAAGGUAUCCUGUAUAGGAAAAUGCUCUGGCUUGUUGACUAUGUUCUGUUCCCUCAUUCUCCAUAUCUAUAACUGGUAGUGUGUGUUGCAAACCCCAGCUGUCUUCUGUUAUUUUGUAGGUGUGUCAGAACUAUUUGCCUGGGGUAAGAUGUCCCUUUGUUAGAUGGUGCCAGAAAGCCCACCUGCUUGCCAUGGAUGCCAAAUCCACAUCUGGGCUCCCUUGGUGGAGUUGCACACAGCUGGGACAAAUGGCCAGGCAUCCUCCCCAACUCAUUAGUGCUGGAGCUGCUAAGAGGGGCAUAUUAUGAACAUACAAGGGAAACAAGGAAUGGGGAUCUGUAUUCUUCUUGCAUGUUAGGUGCACGUCUUGGGAAGAGUCUUUCCUGCUCUAUUUCAUUGCUUUGACACAGCACAUAACUUGACAGGGAGACAGUAAUAAACCACAUCAUAUGUGCUAAAAAGAAUUGUAGCUCUCUACCUCUGUGUUUUGGGUAGCAUACUUAACAGUCUUACCCCCAUUGUUAUAUCAGCAGCAGACCAGCAAUUCUGUAAGUCCAGAUAUUGCAGUUUGCAAAUUUCUUCUUUUGACUUGCCUGAUCUUUGAGCAGAAAAGAAUGUAGAAUUGAAAUCAAUGGACGCAAAAGGGCUGGAAGAGCCUGGUUGAGAUGUCUCCAUCCCUUUCUUUUUCUCCCCCCCCUUCCACACGCUCCAUAUGAGAAGCUACAUAGCAGACCCAUGUCUCUCCCCCAGUUCUUGUCCUUUAAACUGGGCAUGGAAACUCAAAUAUCAGGGCAAUUUCUGCCAUGGGCGAAUUUCAUUCUAGGGGCAGUGGCUUCUUUCUGCUUAACUAAAGUACUUAAGUUUUUUUGUCUUCUUUGUGUUCCCUUCUCUCAUGACAACAAUCUCAAUAAAAUGUGUGUGAAAGCAGAAUA